GCAGCAUAGCAAACAAAUUUACGAGUACUGGCAACACCCAAAUCGAUCCGGCGAGGUAAUCCAUGGCUGGCUGCUGUGCUAGGGUUUAGGGCUUCCUCGCCCAAUUCCAUCCGCACCCACCCCUCCCACGGCGCUGCGGCCUCGCGGAGCAGGAUCGAUCGGUUCGGAUGGAGGACGGGGAGGCGGAGGAGGCGCAGCGGGACGCGAUCACCGCGAGGAUGCGGGGCCAGGACUACGCGGGCGCCAGGGCGCUGCUGCUGCGGACGCUGCAGACGAACCCCAGGCUCGAGGGCGCCCUGGAGAUGCUCCCGGUGCUCGAGGUCCUCUGCUGCGCGGCCGCCACUGGCCGUGGGGGUGUGGACUGGUACAGGGUCCUCCAGGUGCUGCCCGGGGAUGACGCCGCCAGGAUCGAGGAGCGGUACAAGAGCAUCGUGGCCCAGGUGGAGCCGGCCAUGGGGGCUCUGCCCGGCGCCGAAUUGGCCCUCAAGCUCGUCGACGAGGCGUACGCGGUGCUGUCUGAUCCGGAGAAGCGAGAGGGGUUCGAUUCGAGCAACGUUUUCACUCGGUUCGUUCGGUCUGGUGUUGUUGAUGCGCCACCGCCUGGUGGUACAGUCGUCCGUUCUGACAGGGUGAGCAGUCUUCGCACAAAGGAGAUUAGGGGGGCAGAUGGUACGAGCAAUGCAGCCUCGUAUGUCAACCGAGCUGCCGACAGGCCAUGCUUUGAUGGAAGGUACCCCUUUCUUCCAAAUGUGGCAAGUUCUUCCGGGACUAAGAGGAUGGAUCCUUGCUCUCUUGGUGAUGAUGGUGAGUUGCAGUCACCUGACGGCACUCAUGUUGGCAAGAGGCAAAAGAGUGUCUCUGAAAAGGAUGUUUAUUGCGUGUCGCCCUCACAGGAAGAUUGGGAUGCCUGCUUUGAUGAUCCAUCACCUGCCAUGGAAGAAGAUUUGGAUGCCCACUUUGAUGAUCCAUCUGGUGCCAAAGAAGAUGAGCUCUGCACUAGCAAGCAGUAUGAAUAUCAUAACUUUGAGGAAGACAGGGCGAUCGAGAAUUUUGUUGCUGGCCAGGUUUGGGCAGCAUAUGACUGGGAGAGGUUUCCUCGUAGAUAUGGACUGAUUGUUAAAGUACUGACGGAUAAGAUGCAGUUAUAUGUCUCAUGGUUCAAGCCCUGUCCGCAAACUCCUGAAGAGAAGAAAUGGUCCCAUGCAGGCUUGCCAUUGGUUUGUGGAACUUUCAUUGCAGAAGAACACCAUAUCUCAUUAAUAUGCCCAACUAUGUUCUGUCACCAAAUUUUCACCGAUAACCCGAAUCAAGAUCUUGAGGUGUAUCCCCAGGAAGGUGAGGUAUGGGCCAUUUACAGUAAUUGGGACAUUGGGUGGUACACCGAUCCUAGGAUGUGGAAGAGCAGUGCCUUCUCUAUUGUUGAAAUUCUUACCAGUUAUUCUAGUGAAUCAGGUUGCACUGUCGCACACUUGGUAAAGGUAGAUGGGCAUGGAAGUGUUUUCCAGAGGCGCUUCAAGAGUGGAACAGAGCACUUGUUACAAAUACACAGGGACAAUCUCAUCACGUUUUCUCACAGGAUCCCUUCUUUCAGAUUUACUUCAGAGGCUGGAACUAUGUUCGAGCUUGAACAUUCCACGGUUCCAGAAAAUAUUCGCCAAGAAAAUACAUCAGCGUGUGUUUCUUAUUUUUCUGAGCUUUCAGGUUUACAUGAUGACACAAAUGGCUUCCCUGAAACUGCUGUUGCACAAUUCUCAAAUCCUUCAUCAACAAGCAAAAUGGAAGCUGGUUCCCCAAUGCAAGCCAUGAUGAGCUACAACUACAAUACCAAGUGGUCCCCCAAGGAUUUUCUAGAGGGUCAAAUAUGGGCUGUGUUUGAUUCUAGGGACCGGAUGCCUAGGUCUUAUGUCAGGAUUAUCCAUGUGGUUUCAUAUACUUCAGUUUUUGUUUUGAAGUUGGAACCUCACCCUAUGCUUAAUGAAGAGAUACAGUGGGUUGAAGAUGGUCUACCAGUUGCAUCUGGGGUAUUUCGUGCUGGUACUCAAACUAGUUACAAGGAUAUCUGGGAGUUCUCACACCCUGUAGAGUGUGACUGGAGUGCAAAAAGGUCUUUUUACCGGAUUUUCCCCCAAAAAGGGGAAAUAUGGGCAAUGCUAAAAAAUUGGAAGAUCACCUUGAAUAGCACUGACAUUGACAAAUGUGAACCUCGCAUGGUUGAGAUCCUCUCAGAUUACUCUGAUGAAAAUGGAGUAAAUGUGUGCAGCUUGGCUCGGGUAAAAAGUUGCUUUACCUUUUUUCAUAGGGUAGUAAUGGAAGAUUUCCAUUUGACAAGGUGGAUUUCAAGGUCUGAAAUGCUCAGCUUUUCCCAUCGUGUUCCUGCUUUUGUGAUUGUUGAUAUCAAAGAUCAUGAUAUACCAAAAGGGUCAUGGCAUCUGGAACCAAGUGCCCUUCCUACAAGGAUCAUACAUUAACACAUGUAUAGUAGCAGAAGUAGCCAAUAGCCCAAUUGUAAUGAACUAUUGACUCCACCCUUCUCUAUUGCUCCAUUUUAAAUUGCUCUACUUGUCUCCAGUAAUGAUCUUGUCCUUACUGUCACAUUUGUGAAGAUAACUGUUUGACCAACUCUUCAAAAUUCCCAUGUUUUACCAAUUGCAGAUCAGGUCUGACAGGUGUUACAAAAUGAGAAAGUAAUGUAACUUAAAUUAAGGUUUACUGUAGCAUCAUUUUACCGCUGGCAUCAACUGCCAAUUGGUGCUGCUACAGGCUCCUCGGUUGGGAUUAUCUGUUGUGUCAGCCCUUUCUGUUCAUUUAGUUGCUUCAUGAUGAGCACUGUAUGCAAUCACCAACUUCAUUCCUGAUUAAUAUUUUGUGUAAUAAAACAUUAAUAUAAAGGAAAAUCUCUUUAUUGAAUCUGCCGACACUGCAGUACUGUUGAAGAAAAGGAAACACAUAAUCGUCAACCAAUGAUGUGUUUCAGUGUUCCUUGUGACAGGUUGCCCAAAAUAUCGUUGUCGCUUGUCACUGCUAGAUAAUUCUAUUGAGAUGAUUUUAAAAAAAGAAUUGUUAUUCUGUAGUCACCCUCUUAAGCUGUUUGAAGGUCCAUGAAACAAGAGGAUGAUGUCUUCUAUAGUCAGCCUCUUAGGCUGUUUGGAGGUCCAUAUCAGCACAUUAUCAAUCAAGUUUAACUGACUUUGUGGAUACACUAAAUACUCUAUUAUUAUUAUUAUUUGGAUAUCUUGUAAUGCUUGUUAGGUACUUGAUUACUUUCCUUAGCUUCAGCCGCCCUAUAAACUCAUGCACAUGUCGGCACUGAAAUUUACAGUUCCAGUACAAAAAAUGAAUUGUGAUAAAUUUACUGAAUUUCGUUCAAUUAUUGCAUGCUGGAUAACUUUUUUUCUUGGUUCCAACCUUGUAAUAUCCCCCAUUCAAAGGAAAUGUUAGGCGGGAAUAAGUAGCAUAUUUUGUGGUCCUUUCAUAUGAUGUAGCCAGCUUAGAAUAAAAUUAGACGAUACCUUGGUAUUAAUGUACCCUUUUUCAAUCUGACUUUUUGGUCUGCACUUGUAUACUAUUGUCAAAUGUAGUACGCAACUAGUUUCCUGUAACUUUAAAUGCUUAUGCUGAUUUAACUUACUAUUUCUCCCAUUUUUUUCAGACAAGACCUCACCAGCUGAUUGCUUGUUGAGCGAGCAGUCUAUGUGUUUUUCUUGUGCUCAAGUGCAACUGUUUUUAAGUGUUUUUGCAUUCAAAUACGAAGUUUCCUGCCUCCCAAGUGGAUAUAAGAACUUGAGAACGACAGAGACAGAUAAAUUCAUGUUUGAGCAAGAGACUUGAAGUAUUCUGUGGUAUUCACAUGCAACAAUGGAGAUUAUUUUGAAAACCAUCCAGAUGUCAACAUCACACCUAAAUCAUGCUGAGAGUUGCAUAUUACUCUGUAAACUACACGUUGCUAGUAAUGCUCGAAGUGGAAGUUAUUGUCCUUGCUGAUGUUGGAACCUGAAAAUGCAAUCUUGGUCAGUAGCGUGCCUAUGAAGGGUAGUAGGUGCUAGGUGGGCAGAGGCACUGCCCCCUUUUUUUUACAUGGAAUUUUGCAGCAUUGUUUGAAUUUUCGUUUGGGUACUCUGGGCUUUCAGCUAUUUAUGGUGAUUUGUUGUGUAUGUUUUUAACAAUCUACUAGGUGCUAACAGUUUUCAAAGUUUUUAGGUAGUGUGUCGGUGUGCCCUUAAAAAUGGGUGCAAGUACAUCAAGAAAAUGAUAGCUGCUUACCCAAUCAGGGUGUAUGUCUGUCUUGUGUAUGACAUCGUCGGGGUUCAGUUUUUGUCAUCCUUGUCUUUGGAGAUUCAAGGCCAUUUGAUUUUCAGUUUCCUUUCACGUUUCUUGAAUAAAGUCUGCUGAAUUGCAUUGAGCCGUGAA